AUGCCUUCGACACCACUUCUCAACGCCCAGGGCCAGCCUAUCAGGUCUGCCUUGAAGAGCGAGGACGACCUCUCCCAACCACCACCUUGUGGCCCAACCAAGGCCGUCCAAAUCGCUGAACCUGAGCCCCUCCCUCAGGAGGAGCCAAGGCCGAGACGGGAGUUUGCUGCCAGCGUCAGCGGGCGCCGCCUCAGCGGGCGACCGCCAUUGCCAGCGGCGAGCUCAUCCCGGACCUCUUUCCCCAGUCAGAGCAGUAUUGAUGCUCUGGAUCAUAAUGGGAAUGCGAGCCUGUCGUCCUUGCCACAGCCCCCAGAAGAGGUUGCGGCACACGGAGACCAAAAGACACAAGCUCCUUACCAGCUUCACAGUGGCUCCCAAAGAAUCGAUCGCGCAUCUGAGAAGCUACUUGCUCAGGUUGCUGAGUGGCUCCAGCGUGAGAAGGCCAAGCGGGAGACUAAAAAGCCCAGGAAGCAUCAUCACCAUCACCACCUUCACUCGCGCCGGAAGCAGAAGCCCCAAACCGAGGAGCCUCCGGUGCCUGAAGAGCCAGACGCGGAGCGAGAUGUCGACAGCACCCUGCGCAGGACGGCCUCUAUCGACUCGAACUCCAGUGACGUUUCUCUCGACCGGCUCCAGCGCAUUGUCGACGACAGCAUGGCCGCCUUGGGGAUCACUUCUGUGCCGCACUACAACACGAAGCUGGGUCGGAGACUCUCGCACCGCAAGAAGGCAUCUUCGCGUGCCUCUCUCCAGCUCUCUCGAGCCUAUUCAUCGGACACAGACUAUGUAGAUGGAGACCUCAUAGUGCCGAGUUGCGAUGCUAUCCUUGACAAUACCCAGACGUUGAAAUACAGCAGCCCGUCAGCGGAUGACUGUUCAUCUAUAUCCGGCAAGCGGGAAGAGAGAGAGAAGAAGGCAUGGGCAGCUUUCAAGAACGAGAUCAUCCGCCUCGCGCAUACGCUUCGGUUGAAGGGCUGGAGGCGCGUGGCAUUAGACUCCGGGGACGACAUCCAAGUUGAGCGACUGAGUGGCGCCCUGACCAACGCAGUCUACGUUGUGACCCCGCCUGAACAUAUACCAUCUGGCGACUCGGAGGUUGUUAAGAAAACGCCCCAGAAAUUAUUGUUGCGGAUCUACGGCCCUCAUGUCGAGAACCUGAUUGAUCGGGACAAUGAGCUCAGUGUUUUGAAGCGCUUGGCCCGCAAGAAGAUAGGACCACGGAUGUUGGGGACGUUCACCAACGGUCGUUUUGAGCAGUUUUUCAACGCCGUGCCCCUGACUCCUGAAGAGAUGCGGCAAGCAGCAACGUCUAAGCAGAUUGCUAAACGUAUGCGUGAGCUGCAUUCCGGUAUUGACCUCCUGAAGGAGGAGAGGGAUGGUGGUCCGACAAUGUUCAAGAACUGGGACUGUUGGAUGGAAAAUGUUGAAAGAAGGACACUCUUCCUCGACAGGCUUGCUGCAGGCGACGAUGCGGCUCGGCCGUCCGGGGGCUCACAUUGUUGGAAACAGGGUGGUUAUCUCUGUGGUGUAGAAUGGCCCAGGUUCAAGGCCAUGGUCGAUAAGUACCGGGAAUUCCUCGUUCAAUCCUAUGGAUCCGAAGGCAUCAAUAAGAAGCUAGUCUUCGCUCAUAACGACACACAAUACGGCAACAUCCUCCGUGUCUGCACCGACGACGAAAAAUCCCCGCUUCUGCAGCCUGAGAACCAGCACAAGCAGCUUAUCGUCAUCGACUUUGAGUACGCCUCAGCUAACGUCCCGGGUUGUGAAUUUGCAAAUCACUUCAGCGAAUGGAUGUACAACUACCAUGACCCGCAUACGCCAGGGGCGUGUAACGUGGAACGCUACCCUUCAGUCGAGGAGCAGCAGCGUUUCAUCAAGGCGUACCUUGAGCAUCGACCCAAGAUUGUGUCUUCCACAACGGCAUCCGCCUCUUCUGACGCGGACGUUACACCCUCGGCAACGCCGCAGGUGACGCCGCAGCACCCGAGUAGCUCCGUUGUCGAGUUCAUGCUUGAUGCACGCGCGCCGCCGGGUGGGUGGAAGGAGGAGGAGCGCCGAGCAGAGAGCGGCGUGGACCAGAGAGUCGAGGAGCUAGUCAAGGAGACGCGACUAUGGCGCGCCAUGAUCAGUGCCCAGUGGGUCGCAUGGGGCAUCGUGCAGGCCAAGAUCCCGGGGUAUACCGAGGCUCACGCGGACGGCAGUGAGGGAGAAGGAGGUGAGGCUCAUGGUCGGGCGCCGGGCUCGCCUAUGCCGUCUGAAGAUAGUGCGGCGGGCAGCAGCGGCGAAGGCGCCGGCGGGUCCGAGGACGAGCAAGGUUUUGACUACCUCACUUAUGCGCACGAACGCGCACUCUUCUUCUGGGGCGACUGUGUUCAGAUGGGGCUUAUCAGGCUGGAGGAGCUGCCAGAGGGUCUGCAGGGAAGGGUCAAGAUGAUGAUGGAUCACUGA